AUGCCAGACUAUGCCGAGGACCACUUUGCAACAUCCUCCGUUGCGACGCCCCCAGCACCAGAAGCGAACCCGCCCCGGCGAGAAUCACAAGAUUCAUACUCUGAAGAGGAGCCCACGUCGUUGGUUGACGGUGUUGCCUACUUGUCCCUGUGCGCUUCUGGGACAACGGACACUGCGCCGGAGCCUUUUUACAUUGGGUCCAGCUCGGGCGCCACCAUUGCACGGAUGAUCCAGUCUUCCAUCUUCCAUGGAGCUGGGGGUAAGGCCCUGUCUGAUGCCAUGGCGGGGACACGAGCUGGUGUACUGAGCCCGCCGCAAUCCCGAAACACUGCCUCAGUGUCGUCGCAUCCCGAUGAGCUUGUGUCAGAGUUCCCAUAUCCUUCAGAGUCAAAGAUGCUGUUUGAUGUCUUCUUUGAUCGACUCCAUACUCGGUGGCCCAUCCUAGAUCGCAAGCUUUACACAAAGCUCUUUGAGCAGCAGUACGACCAGGGAGCACUAUCGAUACAACACAGAAGCAUCAUGCACUUGGUAUAUGCCAUCUCGGCGAGGUUUUUGCAACUUAUGAAGAAGCCGUGUGACGUGGAUCCACAACAACACCUUAUGGCUGCCAUUGAACCAAUGGACUAUAUACUUGAGCAGCACAACCUCGCAACAGUUCAGUUCCUCCUCCUGUUGGCAGUUCAUGGCACACGGAGUCCAUACGGCGCCGGAGCCUGGUCUCAGGUGCGAUACGCUGUGACGCUCUGCAUCGAGUUGGGCCUCCAUAGGAAGCAAACCACUGCAUCAUCCCACAGUUCCCGGGAUCUGGAGAUUCGGAGACGAUCUUUCUGGUCGUGUUAUUGUCUGGACCGCAUGACCAGCGUGGUCCUUGGACGGACCUUUGCAAUAGCUGACAGAGACAUCAAUGUAGAUUUAAUAAGUGAAAAGGAUUACGAGUCUGAUAGAACCUUGCAGCUUCCAAGCGACAGUACCGAGUUCUGGGACCUGACUGCCCUUGGAUCACCACCACCAGGCCAGAAGUCCGUGUGGUCGAAUGUAGAGCCUUUCAUUCACAUCGUCAAGUUGCGGAGAAUCCAAUCAAGAAUCCACCGGCGCGUAUACCGUGUCGACAAGGACGUAUUUGCAAGCGUGCCAGAGGAGAGAGCCAAGCUCGAUGCAAAGAUGGCCGCCAUCCGAGCCGAGCUUGAUGAGUGGGCCAACACUAUUCCACACCCGCCAAAAGACGCCACCACCAUUACUUGGAUGUACGAUCCAGAGAGCGCCUAUCAUGACUCAAGAGACUUCUUUAACUUCACAUCAGACACAAGAUUCGUCACGACUGCCCGGUCCGCCGCGUGCGUGUGUACGGCAUACAAGCGGUUGAACCAGCAAAAGACGCUGAGCUAUACCAUGACUGCGCUGCACUCAUGCUUCAUAGCGGGCUUGACCCUGGUGUACUGCCUAUGGAGGGAUCGGUCCCUCUUUUCCUACGAUGCACUAGAGGCGACCCGGGCAUGUUCUCAGUCUCUCACCAUCUUUGGCGAGAAGUGGCCUGGCGCCGUCAAGUACCGCGACAUCUUCGAUGCCCUCUCCGGGAGUCUGUUCAAGACCAUUGUCAAUCCGCGGCCAGAGGCAAAUCCGGGGCCGAAGCCACUCAAGGUCGACUUUGCCGCGGAGCCGGUUGGUUCUCCCACGGCCCCGAUAACCUCAUCGGAAAACGGGCCCCACCGGCGCGACAGCGGAGCCGAAGAGCGGUCCGCUGUGGGUAACGCCGUCUCCGACGCCGUCAAGGAGGCGUUCAUGGAGGUUGACGACGAGGCGCCCGGUGGAUGGCAGGGUUGGAGGAUGUUCAACGAGAUGGUCCAAAGCGACCUUGCUCCAAAACCACCGCCGGGCGUCAAGCGGCCUGACCCGAGACCACAGGCAGGCAGUUGGGAUGUGCUUGCGCAGGAUCCUGAGUUCACACACGAUUUGAACCAGGGCGGUGUUUCCGACGUGAUGGAUUCGGACUGGGACUUUGGCGGGCUGGAGGGGUUGCGGUGA